AUGCCUCCGGCCGGCGGCCCCCGCACACCGCGCCCGCACGCGCUGCCCCGCAGCUUGUCCCGCUUGCGCGAGUGCCCGGGCCGUUCCCGCAUCGUGCUGGCUCUCGGGGCCACGCAGAUGGCGCUCGGAUGCCUCAUCGUGGCCGUGAGCUUCGCGGCGCUGGCGCUCACCACCUCGGCCCGCGUGCGCCACUCCUGCCCUUUCUGGGCCGGCUUCUCGGUGCUGUUGUCUGGCCUCAUCGGUGUCGUCUCCUGGAAGAGGCCUCUCUCACUUGUGAUCACCUUCUUUAUGCUGCUCUCUGCAGUGUGUGUGAUGCUCAACCUAGCCGGCUCCAUCCUCUCCUGCCAGAAUGCCCAGCUCGUCAGCUCCCUCGAAGGCUGCCAGUUGAUCAAGUUCGACAGCGUGGAGGUGUGUGUCUGCUGUGAGCUGCAGCACCACUCCUCCGGAUGCAGCAACCUUGGGGAGACCCUGAAGCUAAACCCCCUGCAGGAGAACUGCAACGCUGUGAGGCUGACCUUGAAGGAUCUCCUCUUCAGCGUGUGUGCCCUCAAUGUCCUCUCCACCAUCGUGUGCGCCUUGGCCACAGCCAUGUGCUGCAUGCAAAUGGUCUCUGCUGAUGUCCUGCAGAUGUUCUUCCCACAGAGGUCCCACUCGGCCAGUGCCGCCUGCCUGACUCCGCAUGGCACCAUUCUCCACCAGACCCUGGACUUCGACGAGUUCAUCGCCCCCCUCCCGCCUCCACCCUACUACCCUCCAGAAUACACCUGUACACCCACAGCAGAGGCCCACAGGGGCCUCCACCUGGACUUCGCUCCCUCUCCCUUCAGCACUCUGUAUGACGUUGCCAUCAACAGCCCUGGCAUGCUGUACCCUGCUGAGCUGCCCCCACCGUACGAGGCCGUGGUGGGUCAGACUCCCGCCAGCCAGGUUCCAAGUGUCGAUCACCAGGUGGCUGACUCCAGUUCCGGGGAUCCAAACACUGCUGCUGACGACAGCACACCAGUGCCUGCCAGUAGCACGAGUCUGCCAACAUCAGAGGGUGCCACCUCACUGGGUCCGAGCCACCCAUCCCCUGAUGGCACCUUAGACACCCCGCCACCCCUUCUGUCUGCUCCAGUCGCUCAUCAUGUGUCUCCAGAAGCAACAAGCUUGAGCACACAGGCACAACCGAGCCCUGGGCGUGUGGCCCGCUCGGCCAGCGACCCCACCUCCUGCACAUCCAGUGAAGCAGUCUCGACAUCGCGCCCUGCCAUGGCUGCCUGUCAGCACCAGCUCUCAUCUGCUGGCAACCCGGACACCUGGAAAACGGACCAAGGGACCAAGCCAGAGACCGUACAGACGGUCUCCAAAGAGCGACCGCACUCCUUAGUGGAGAGCAAGGUCUACACAGACACCAGGGUUUUGGUGGCUAAGUUUUUGGAACACUCACACUGCACCCUCCCCUCGGAGGUGCGACACGUGGUGGGCACCAUCCGCUCAGCAGUCCCCUCGGAGGAGCCCAGGGUGGAGGAGGCCAUCUUUGGUGCCGGCGUCCUGGACCAGCUCUGAAGCAGCUACAGACCUGGAUGUGGACACUGAUGGGCCCAGGGCCUGCAAGAUCCAGUCCUGCAUGACACCACCGUGCUUGCUAGAGAGAGGCCUUUGGCCUGCUGGGCAGAGAACAAGCAGAAAUACCCCAGCGAGGCUCUCUGGUGGCCCGGGCAGGGAACUGUUACUCAUUCUCCCAUCAGUUGUCUUCCUGGGGACUGUUUGCCCCCAUGUCCCACUAACUCAGAGAUAUUUCUCUCCUGCCCUUAGCAAGCUCUGGUUGCUUCAGGGGUAUAGCACCUUGAACUGAAGAAUGUGACAGGAACACCUAUCCAGGGACAGGUGACACUUGUGGAACGUAAGGACAUUGCAUCUGUUCCAAGACAACCUUUAACACAACUGGGCCCAGCUUAGAUCAGUGUUACGUGAGUGGAGGGUGGUGGUGGCGGCAGUGGCAGCGGUGGAGCCAUUUGCCAUCUGGCUGGUGUCACUCUGCAAUGAAACCUUUAUAAAAUCCAGACCGAUUAUUUCCUUUCAAAGGAAAUAGGCAAUGUUAGCAUAGCCUGGGCCCGCCCUUUUGCCCACCGGGCUAUCAUGCAUAUGAAACUACAAUGAAAACUCUUCCUAGACACCCUUAGAAAACAAGUAGGGUGUCAUGAAGGCUUGAAAUGCCCGCCUCCUUGUAUCCUGGGCCCCCCACUAGGCCUCUGUCUGCGGGCUGUUAAACCCACCUCCUUUCCUGGGCUCCUCCCCAUGGCCUCCCAUCCUUUUAACCAUAGCAAAUAAUUAUUACUUGUGUCUUAACAGUAUGCUCCUCUCCCCAUCCCCUGGAGGGCUUUCCCUUGGAUGUGACGUCACCCAGUUGGGCUGGGAAGGUCAGAGUCUGGGCUAAGAAGCCCUUGUCUCUGUUAGGUGUGCACCUUUGGCUAAGGCAUGCCUUUUAUGACCCAGAGUUGUCCCUCCUCGACUCAGGUGGCGGCAGGCACACCUGUGUUGAAGGAUGCAGAUGGUCAGCCCCUUAUUUCUGGGAGAAGGCCAGUCGCGAAUGUGCAGAAGCAAAGCAAAACCUGCUUGGGCACAACCAGGGUGGCUUUGGGCAAAAUGGCCACCCCAGGCUUUCUUGGCUGUUCAGAUGUCAUUUUCUGGCAAGAUCAACAGCAACUUCUCAGCAAUGGGGCCGGAGAAACCUGCCUGCAAGAACUUCCUACAAAAAAGUGGAAACGCCCAUGUCUGGUUCCUCCAGAGCAGCAGCUACAAGCACGUGAGAUCACUGUACCCCACCUAUGGGCCUCAGUAUCAGUGGCACAGAAGCCCUGAGUCUAUGGGAAGUGCCCGGGUGGACCAGAGUGUGACCACUAUUGUUCAGUGUCCAGCUGGCAGGCUUAAGCAGCUCUUUCCUCUAUUCUGCCGGCCGUGGCCUGUCCUUCGGCCUCUACUCUCCUGUUCCAGCCCCCAAAUUCCCUGUAGCCAAUAUGCUGAGGCCCUUCGUGUGUCUGGAAGCUGUGGGGCUUCAGCCCACAUGGCUUGGGAAACACCCAGUGGUGGUGGUCAGCUAUCCAUGCUCUGGUGACUUUACCAUUGCCAUGGUUGUUGCCUUCCUGAGGUUAGGGAGCUAAAAAAUAUAAAUCAGGCAUUUGAUGGCAACCUUGCCUUUUCCACAGGAGACGUAAUAGAGAUGAGUUUUUGAGCACUUUAUUCAGACUAUAAAAUCCUCUAAUUUUUCUCAAGUGAGGACUUUGUCAAAUCUCUUCCAGGUAGAAUGGCCUCCCCUGAGCCUAUCAGCUUGAAAAACCUCCAUAGCCUGGGCUUGGGUGUGUGACGUUUUCAUCGCCUCAGAGAUGAAGCGAGGCAGUUGCAGGUGUCUCGUGAUUGGAGGACCCAUGCAGCAGUGUAAACACCUGUGGACUUCAGAACAAGCUGAGAUCCAAGAGAGGCCAGGACCCGCCCCAUCCCAACUGACCCAAGCUCUAGGGUAUUUUCAUAGUGUAGCCAGGGUGAACAGUUUCUGGACACAGUGCGGAACUCUGUGGCCUUCAUGCUGCCUUGUUGCAGCAGGCCCUCAUCUGCCACGUGGCACUCUUGCCUCAACCUGCACCUCCCCCAGCUGCAGGCUACCACCCCCCCCUGGAAGCCCCGAGUCCCAGACAGUCUCAUGAAAGGGGUAUGCACAAACCAUCCUGGCUAGGUUAUGAGAUGGCUUUAUCUUAAGGAUAAAGAAAUCACAGGACUUCAUGCUCCUGGGUGCGUGAGAACUCCUGGCUCCCAGAGCAAGGCUGUUAGAUGACAGAUCAAUCUCCAUUCACCUUCACAGGGCCCCAGAUGGCCCACAUGAGCACUAGAAAUGCCCAGGGUCCAGGUUUCCAGGAAGUCAGAGGUAUUGGAUAUAGCCGCUAGAUGGCAUUCUUGCAAUUUGACUUGUCUCUUCUGGGUCCCUUGGCUCUGCCUCAGUGGUGACCUAGUACUGGGAACCCCAGGCAAUAUGUGGCUUCCCUGAAGCCCAAACCGCCAUCCUCCACAUUGCUUGCACAUCCUUCCACCUUGGAAGCUUUGC